AGGGAAGCAUUUUAGCUGGGGAGCCUUUUCGAUCUUAGAUUGUCAUAUUGGCCUGCAGAUAUUCAGCUAUACAGGAUGUCGCAGAGUGUCCUUGUGCUGGGUGCUACCAGGGGCCUUGGGGCCUCCCUGUUGCAGCUGUACGCAUCCAAGCCGUCGACAACAGUGUUUGGUACAACACGAUCCAGCACACCGCCGGAGAUUCCCUCGCAGCCCAAUAUCGCCUGGCUGACGGGCAUUGAUGUUGCCAAGCAGGACGCUGGGCAGGAGAUCGUCCUCCAGCUGCCAUCAUCAACCCGGGUCUCAACCGCCAUCAUCUCGGCGGGGUAUUUCGGCUUCGAGACCUUCGACGAGCCGGACUGGGAGAAAGAAGUGAAGAUGUACACUACUUCGGCUAUCGGACCGGUGUUUAUCGUGCACCACCUCGUCAAGGCCGGGAUCCUUGGCGAGAGGAGCAAGGUGAUCCUUGUCAGCAGUGAGAGCGGGAGCAUCACGCUGCGACAUGAGAAAGAAGGCGGCGGCAAUUUUGGACAUCAUGCCAGCAAAGCAGCGUUGAAUAUGGUGGGCAAGCUGUUAAGUCUGGAUCUUAAAGACCGGGGAAUAGCUGUUGGACUGGUCCAUCCGGGAUUUAUGCGGACUGAAAUGACGCGGAGCGUGGGAUUCGACCAGUAUUGGGAUGACGGUGGAGCUGUCACGCCAGAUCAGGCGGCAGAGUCCCUCGCGUCAUUUAUUGAGGAGUUUGAUAUCAGCAAGACCGGCCAGUAUUGGGCACCAAGGGGUCCAAGAGAUAUUGGCACUGCAGAGGACGUGUUAGGGAAGAACCUUCCCACUCCGCUGCAGCUACCAUGGUAAAGUAAGAUAUUACAAGCUUCCAUAUUGUCUGUUUUUGGCCUCUUGGAGACGUGGAAGUCCCAAGAAGAACUUUGAUCUGUAAUUUUAAACAAGAGAAUCAAACUUCGAUGCCCUCUCCAG